AUGCUCGGUAUUCUGACCGCUAUGGUCCUCUUCGUUGUACCUAUUGGUAUCUGCUCUGUCUGCAUUCUGUGCGCGAUUGCUGGUGCCGUCGUCAUCCCAGCAACCCUCAACGUCAUCGAGUUUGUCUCCUUGAUUGUCCCCAGUCUCUGCAUAGCUUUACGUUACUACUUUCUCUCCAUCUGGAACGCCUCCGAUCAAGCAAGCCGUACGUUUCUAAACAAGUACCGGCAUCUCGUCACUACAGCCCAAGAAGAGGCCAAGCUAGCAACGCACUCUGCAACGCAGGCUAAUCACAGCCCCGCUUCCGCAGCCCCAGAACAGGCCAGUGCAGAUCAACGAGAGACCGAUCUCCAGUCACAACCCUUGUCCAUGACACAGGAAUGUGCAAAAUCACUCAACUCUGCCAAUGAGGAGGACCAGCAGGAUGUCAAGGUGCGCAAGAAGGAACACGAACGGAUGAGACGUCGCAUCGAUAUGCUGGAAUCUGACAAUCGAGUUGCGGCGUCAGAGAUUCAAGGUUAUAUCGAGGCCCAUCAACUCCAAACUAAGGAGGCCGAAGACGCACUUGAGUAG